AAUGAAAAAUAUUAAUAAAUAAAUUAUAGAAAUAUAUUAUUUUAUAAAUAAACUUAGCUUACCCAAACUCCCUUAGAUUUCUACCCAAGACACUAUGUGUAUUUCUUAUGAGUACAAUUUAAAAACGAAAAUCAUUAAAAACCGGAUUUUUACCAUUUAAAUAUAUAAUCAUAUUAUUAUCCGUCGCCAUGUUAAAGUCCACGUAAUUACAAAAUGAAGGUAGAAAUACUUCCUAUUAUCAAAUGCCGGUUUGGUUUUAAGGCCAAUUACAUAAAUAAAUAGAUACCCAUAACACGAUUUGCGUUCGUACACAAGUUAAACACAGUGUCGUUAUCUUAAAUAGACCCCGAAAAAUAUUAAAUUUUAUUAAUUUUAGAGAAGAAACACGCACACGAAUAUCAUUGCUCAACAUUUAUUAUGAAGUAUAAUGUGUUAAUAUAUUGAAUUUUGUUCCUGAAUGCAUAAAUUGUAGUGUACGAGUUCGCAAUUUUAACGUAUAAAGUAUAACUUUAACAAUUUAACUUCAAAGCAUAUCAACCGUUUUUGAGUAGUAAAACGUUGAGAGAAAAAUUUAAGUUACAAUGGAAAAAAGUUAUGCGCAACUACAUUCUGUAAAGGAGAGUGAUAAGUAUUACUGUGAACAAGAGAAAACAUAUAAUACAGAAAAGAGUAUACCAAAUGAAUACAAUUUCUUAAAAAUAGACAAAAAAUCACAAUCUCAAAAAUGGUUACAAAAAAAUAAUUCGCCGAAUUCAUCAUAUGAAUAUUCUAAACAUAAUUACCACACUAAAAAUCAUCAAAUACUGAAAUGGUAUAGAAAAAAACCAUAUACUAAGAUAAACUAUUUUAAAACUAGAUCAAAUUUACAAGAAUCUAGUAAUUCUAAAAAUCAUAAUUAUCAAAAAGAUUUAAAGUAUUUGUCAGGAAAUAAAAAAUUUGAUAAUGAAGGACAUCAAAUUAUGGCCGUCACAACACAAUCUAAGAAAACACCUAUGACUUUAUUAAAUGAUUGGGCGAUGCUUGGUGAUGGAUCUAAGAAUAACAAGCGUAUAGCUGUAUCUUAUGAGCUUAUAUCUAUUGAAGGAAGUAUACAUAAACCAACAUUUAUGUAUGAGUGUCGAGUUCUUAAAAAUAUAGUUAUAGGAAAAGGACAAUCUAAAAAGGAAGCAAAACAAAAUUCUGCUGCUGAAAUGUUAAAAUCCCUUCUUAAAAUUAGGUUUACGCCCAACAAUUAUAAAGCUAUAACAUCUACAACUACUACCAACAAUUUGGUAGUAAAUACUAAUGAAAUUGCUAAUUCAACUAAGAGUUUACAAAACAUUGAUGAAAAUGAAAAAAAGCAAAGUUCAAAUAUUAAAACAGUUCAAAUUUAUAGUUGCUUAAUGAAUCCUAUAGGAGCCUUACAGGAGUUUUGCAUAGCACACAAAUGGAUACUUCCUACUUACAAUACACAACAAAUACUACCAUGCAAUUCAAAUUAUAAAAAAUCAUAUAGAGUCAUUUGUAAUGUAUUUUUUUUACAGACAGAAGGAUAUGGUAGUACUAAACAAGAAGCUAAACACAAUUCAGCAAGCUUGAUGAACAAAAAAAUUCAUGACAUUGGUGAAAACAAAUUAAAUGAAAUAAUAUUUUCAAAAAAUAAUAAUAUACUUCCAAUUAUGAUUCAUGAAGAUAGCUCAGCUACAAAUGAGGAAAAUAAAAUACCGAUUUGGAAUACUGCACAAAUGUUUCGGACAUAUUUUAAAAUAGCAGCUAAUACCACUACAACAAAUGCACAUGAUGAAAUAUCAACUCAAUCAAAUAAUUCAAACAAUAGCAACAAUGUGACACCUCAAGAACAUGAAUUGGAACUGGAAAAAUUAAUUAUAGAAUUUAAUUCAGAUUCAAAUGCAGCUGUUAAACAAUUGGAAUUUUUGGGUAAACAAUUAAGUUUCAUGAUAAGCUUUGUGAUUGUUGAUCAAAUAAAAAGUGAUAAUGAUCAAGAUAAAAAAUUUACUAUAUUGUUACAAGUAACCACUAAACCAGUUAUUGUAACAACUGUAACUGGUUCUUCUAUUGAAGAAGCAUUAGAAAAAGCAGCUAAAAGUAUAUUAAUUACAAUGAAAUCAAUAAUGCUCUUUACUACAUCAAUCCAUUUUUAAUAACAAAGAAAAGAACAAAUCAAUAGAAAUACGUAAACAUUAAUGUGGAAGGUAUAAUUUAUGAUUUUAUGAAGUAUU